GUCUAUUCUACCUUCAUUGCAACAUCAGGCAGCUCCACCAAGAAAUGGAAAUAUAAAGAGAGAAGACUCACGACCACUAGGACUGCUUCUCUCUCCGUCGGCACACGAGAUCACCAUGCCGGCAUACCACUCUAUCUUCCUGGGUGACCAGGGAGUGCAGACAAUAGGAAACUUCCCUCUCCUUCCCUUGCGGACCAGAACAAGAGGCCCAGCAUACGCUCUCCCACAACUUCCCCCAGGCACCAAUGCCAUCGAUGUUGACCCAGACUCCGAAUCCUACGACUGCUUAGACGAGAUUCUCUCUCUGUUUCGCGCCAACACCUUCUUCCGAAACUUCGAGAUCAAAGGCCCUGCUGAUCGCAUGCUAAUUUACGGCAUCCUCUUCAUUUCCGACUGCCUCACAAAAGUCAAACCCAACAUGGAUUCCAAAUCUGCCGAAAAGGCCCUCAUCAAUGGUGCACUCGAACAGUUCAGUAUUCCCGGAGAGCCGGGUUUUCCACUGAACCAAGCGUUUGAAGCUCCAAGAGACAGGACUGAAGCUGAGGCUUUACGGAGUUACCUGAGUCAGGUUCGUCAAGAGUUGGCUAUACGGUUGCAUGCCAGGCUCUACGAAAAUGGAGUUGGCCCAAGCAAGUGGUGGCUUAGCUUUACCAAGAGGAAAUUCAUGGGUAAAGGAUUAUGAAUGGAUUGAUCAUAGAUGGGUGGAGGAUAUGACUAGGACAAUACAAUGCAUUUCAUGAAGGAGGCUGUAGGGUAAUCAAUCCCUCCUCCCAGCCUCAAGUCUCUACAUGGUUCGAUUGUUGAUCCAAUGGUAUCUGUGCUGCCGACCCAUCG